ACAAACAUGAGGGGCAGUGUGGAUCGGAGUAAGUAGUGUCGCACCAAGACAUUAUUUCCAUGAUGCAGCUUCCAGGUAUUACCAAAUCAGCUCAGUUCUCUUUCUGAAUUUGCUACAUUUCAUUUUCGUGCGGAUAUAGAAAGGGAUAUUAGAUUCUCCUCUCGACCAUAUGGUGAAUUGAACUUAUCGUAUUCAGACUUGACAAUAAGCUCUGAGAUAGCACAUUUCAAAGAGAACCGCAACCAUGGGUGAAGCACCUGAAGCAGGCCGCGAGAAGAUUGCGAACUUCCAUUUGAUCCAACUGGACUACAAGCAGUUCGGUGGUCAUGGAAUUCGCGCGGAUAUCUUAAUACCAAAGGCUCCCUUCCAGGGCAAGAGACCAGUUAUCGCCCGUUUCCACGGCGGUGGGUUGAUUGCUGGUGACUCUAUGUACCUCGAUUGGAUGCCCCAAUGGCUACUUCAACUUGCAGAUCGACAUUCAGCCGUCAUAGUUUCUCCAAACUACAGACUACUACCGGAGGCGACAGGGGUAGAUAUUCUUGAUGACAUCGAAGAAUUCUGGUCAUGGCUUCAUUCGCCUUCACUUGCUGAGACGCUCAAGAACCACGAAUCUAAAACAGAGCUGGCCUUAUCCAGAAUCAUAACAGCAGGCGACUCAGCCGGAGGCCUGCUCAGUAUCUAUCUCGCUUUAUCUCAUCCCGAUGAGAUCCGCGCGGCAACGGCGGCUUACCCCAUGGUGGACAUGCGUGAGCCGAGUUAUCGCACUCCCCCGAAUAGAGUGAUGUUUGGCACGCCUGUACUUCCCUCUUCGACCAUUACGGACCAUCUAGCUAAGAUGAAACCUGAGGAUGCUGCAUUGACAUAUCCCCCACCAGAGAGGUUUCCACUCUUCAUUGCAGCAAUGCAGCACGGAAGAGUUCUGGAGUUCUACGAGCGGGGAUCGGAGAACUCUCCACGGAAAGAUGAUCUGUUCCUAGUAGAAAGACUAGAGAAAGAAGGUGCGAAGCUGCCACGCGGUGGGAUUUGUAUAUUUCAUGGCACUGAGGAUUCUGUGGUUCUUGCUCGUGGCAGCGAGAGGUUCAUUGCAAAGGCCAAGGAGGUCAUGAAGGGGAAGCAGGGUGGCGAUAAACUCGUUCUGGCGCUUCGACCAGGAGAACAUGGAUUUGAUGGCGAUACUAACCUUGAUGAUCAAUGGCUAAAAGAGGCCCUUGAACCUGCUGUGGAGGCUUGGUUGGAAUAAAGGCCACCGUUACUUGUCUGGCUUUCACAACUCCUUUGAAGCGUCGCUGCUUGUACCCGAAAUAGUGUCCCCUUAAGAAACGUCGUGCGCAAAGAAAGCAAUGAAAGAAAAAGAAAGAAAGAAAAAAGAUGCUUCCCCCUUCAUUCUCUAUAUAUAUGUAUUUUCUCUUUGUUUAUGGCUAGUUGUAGCAUGACGACUGAUUUCACAUAGUUACCACCGUUAUCUGCAAGGGUGAAAUAGAUCGCUUGAGUCAGGGCACGGUUGUAUUCAAUGCUCGAGUUGCACAACGGCGAUGACUUCGAGGACUAUAUGACUCGUCAACUGAC